AUGAAAGAAACAAUCUCUGAGAAACUUGAGAAAUAUUUCUUUAACCUUCAAUAUGAAGAUUAUGAUAAGGCUGACCAAAAACUUAUUCAGCUUUUAUCUUUAGAAACUAAAGAAUGCGAAGAAUUGUAUCAAAAAGAACCCAAACUUUUUGAUCAAUAUUUUAGAAUGACUAAAAUAGAUGAACCUGAUACUGAAUCAGAACAAGAAGAUAACUUUAAAACUAAUACAAAGACUGUUAAGUUCGAAUAUUCAGAUAUGGAAGAUGAUGAAGCAGAAUCUUCUUAUACAGCCACAAGAAGAGGCAAUAAAAAGAAAUAUGAGUUCAAAAUGCCUGUACACAAUGGUAUUCCAGAUAGUAGCAAAGGACCCAAUACGAUCAAUAUACUCAAUAUUGAUUGUAUCCAAGAUCUAAAACUCAGAGAAAGAGUUGUAGAAAAAUGGGUUACUGAGAUUUCACUAAUCUUACAGACAAACCCAGAUGAAUUUGAAAAAGCAAAAAUGUUCUUCUACUUUUAG